ACCCCAAAACCUCCGGUCUAUCAUUGCACUCUCUUUCUCUCUCUGUAUUCAAGACAACGUACAGAGAAAAAAAUGGAUGCAAGAGAUGAACACUACCCAACAUACUACGUACAGAGCCCGUCAUCGUUAUUCCAAGACCCGGGAUCCGAAUUCCAGUCCCCGACCCGACCCGACACGACCCCGUUGGUCCUCGCUGCGGAGAAGACUGUCGUGGACGUGGACGACUUCCCUCGAUACUCCGUCCUCUCCAGGUACUCCGACAACAAUUCGUUCUGCGACGACAAGGCCGGCGGCAACAUGGUGGUGGUGAAGGGCCGUGUGGUGGUUGUUCACGGCGGAGAUUCCACGGCGGAUGAGUGGAGCUCCGGCGGCGGAGGACGACGGUGGUGGAGGUACUUGACGUUUAAGAGCUCGGAUUCUGGUUAUUGGAUAGCCAUGCAAAUGUGUUGGAGGUUUGUGUUUAGUUUGGGAGUGGCUUUGCUCGUCUUUUACAUCGCCACUCAACCUCCUCCUCCCUCCUUCUCCCUCGAGGUUGGAAGGGUGAGUGAGUUCAUACUGGGCGAAGGCGUAGAUUCACAUGGAGUUACAACCAAGAUUCUAAGUUGCAACUGUUCAAUCAAACUCAUUGUUGAAAACAAGUCUAAGGUCUUUGGCCUUCACAUCCAUCCUCCUUCCAUGGAGAUCUCCUUUGGCCACAUCGCCUUUGCAAAAUCUCGGGGACCUAAAUUAUACGCCGAGACUCGUGAUUCGACGAGUUUUCGUCUGAACGUUGGGACGAAGAAUAGGCCGAUGUAUGGAGCGGGGAGAGAGAUGGACGAAAUGCUGAAAUCGAGCCGGGGAUUGGCUCUAACCCUAAGGAUGGAUUUGGUUUCGGAUUUUCGAGUUGUUUGGAAGAUUAUAAACCCUAAUUUUCGCCAUCGAGCUGAGUGUUUGUUGCUUCUUGGUUACGAUGAGAGACACAAGCAAGGUUCGGUGAGAAGCAAGGUUUGUAGAUCGGUCUCUGUGUCAUAAAAUCUGUAAUCGUUUAUUUUUCCGAAUAUCGAAUAAAAUGGACAAGUGAAAGUCGUGAA